UUAUUUUCUAACUGUAACAUUAAAUAAUCAUUUUUUAGGAGAGAAGCGGAGCGAGAAAGAAAUGCACGGCUGUAUUUGCCGAUGUACACUGACGUCACUGCCAACAAUCGCAACCAUACAAGUGAAAUCCCUAACCCAGUGUAUUUUGAUGAUCAAGGAGUACAAGUUGACGAACUUUAUGCAAAUGGUGAGCCAAAUUUCUUCAAAGCUUACGAAGCACAGGAAUUCACAAUGGAUUUUUUUGCUGACACAUCAGAGAUUGGACAAGGGGAAGAAUUUGUAUUAGAGGUUGAUCCUGAAGAUGGCGUUGUUGCUCCUGUUGCAAAUCGAAAACAUGACAACAUGUCAUUGGAACCAAUAAGCGAGCACACAGAACCAAGUAAUAAUGGUAGUCUAGAUAGACUGCAUAGCAACCACAAUACAGCACAAAAUAAUGGCGAAAUUAAUGUGAUGUUCGACGAGGACAGCGAUGAUGAUGAUAUUAAAAAACCUCCAAUUGAUGAGGAGGUGGAAUUGUCGUCUGAUGACAAAGUUAAAAACAGUCAUCCUGGCCAAGAUGAUGUCAAGGUAAUUACACCAAACGGUAGUGUGCGGAAUAACCAUGUGGCUUUGCGACAGGUCAGUAACCAUGUGAACCACAAACCAUCACGAGGAGUAAUACGCUCAUUCCAGGAGAGGGAACAAGAACUGUCUGACCAGAGCAGCCAAGCAUCAACAAUGAGUAAUGGCAGCAAAAGCAACCAUCGUGCGAAAACGAACAUUCCCGCCCCAGGAACUUACCAGAGCGGUCACACGCUGACUGCGCAGGGAGUGACGGUAUUAGAUGAUAGCGAGCAGGAUGAUUUACGAGAAGCUAUUAUGUUAAAAAAUAGUGGACUUGGUCUCUGGCUAAUGGAUGAUGUACAAGCGACACAGCUUUAG